AUGGGUCAGAAGAAUGGUAGACACAGUAACGGCCAUCUAAAUGGUGAAGAUGUUGAUGGUAAUUUAGAACAACCCACACAAGCAGAACCAGUUCAGGAAACCUUUUCAGCAACAGAAACUCCCCAACAGCACAGCACAUCUUCUAAACCCAUUCCAAAGAAAAAAUCCAAACACAAAGAAGAAACCAUGAAGAAAAGUCCAAGAGCAUCCUCUAAAGAAAAGAGUGUGGAGAUUGAGAAUCCUGUCACACCAACAAUUAUUGGUGAACGUAAAAGCCAACCCCAUGCCACAUCAACUCCAGUGACAAAUGGUGUUUAUGUUACAGAGAGUACACCAUCUAACUUAUCUGGUAUUGAUUCUGGAUCAGGUACUGAAGAUGAAACAGAUGAUGAAGAUUACAAUGCAGAACAACAGGAUAAUAAAUCUCUAGAUAGAAAGCCAGAAAUUAAUUUCGGAAGAUUUUAUAAUAAAAGUUAUCUAAAAGAUAAUGAAGAUAAAGGUUACUUAAAAAGAUCUUCACAAAAUCUGAUAGAAAAAAAAUCUACUAUUCCGUCUUUUAUAAAACCAGCAAAUUUUUCCUAUAGUCAAGAUAAGCCUGAAUUUUUAAAAACUAAGAAAGGAAGUGGAAUGAUGGCUUUAGCAUCUACUAAGAGAGUUGUUAAAGUACAUCAUAAACCUACAGCUUGUGAUUUAAAGAAUGAAGAAGCUGUUAAAUUAAGUAUGUAUCCUGCUGGUAAACCUCGAGAAGCUAAUGAACCAGAGAAAAUAGAAAGAGAUGACUGGCCUGGUCCUGCUUCACCUGCUGCAUUAUUACCAGAAAUAUUACGUGAAAGAAGAAGAAGUCGCGGAGAAGAAGAUGAGGAAGAUGAAGAAGGCCUAUUAGUGAUCAAUGAUCCCAAAAUUAAAAGAGAAUUAGAAGAAAUGACCAAAUUAAAAGAUAAAUCUGGAAUAGGUUCUGUUAUUUAUAAGGAACUUGAAGAAAGAAAAGCAUUACCAGUACAGCCAUUAAACCCGUGGAAGUCAUCCCGAGUACCAAGUGCCAAGUAUGAACCUAGAUAUUGUACCCGAUAUCAAUCUCCUAUGUUUGCUUCACCAUCUAGAUUUUUAGAUUACACAAGAAGAUCUUGGGAUGAUUGUGAUAUAAGAGGUUAUAGAUCUUUAACAACAUUAGCUAAUUUACCCAUACCUAAACCAGGAUAUGGACCUAGUUAUGGUUUAACCCCUAGAGCUACCACUCUUCCAUUGUCUGGUGCAUAUGGUGCUAGAGAUGAUUAUUAUCAUUUAGAUUUUGAAGAUAGGGACCAAGAGAGACCUGAUUUAAGCGUUCCAGAUCAUGCAAGGAAUGAAGGAAGAGUACAAGAAUUUGUUGAAGGGCCAUCGAUAUCAGUACUUAAAUUACAGAAAAGUACUUGGCAUACUGAAGCUGAACCUAGGGUGUAUGAUUAUGAGAGAUUAAAAGUGACAAAUUUUGAUUUACCAAAAGAUGUGGAUAGAGAUAUGUUAGAGAUACAUUUAAGUGAUGAAGAUUUUGACAAUUUAAUUAAAAUGCCAAGAGAUAAGUUCUUCAAGCUAGCUGAAUGGAAACGAAAUGAUAUAAAGAAAAAAUUAGAUCUCUACUGAAGCUUUGAGAUCAUGAAAUACACAUUGGUGAUAUUCUUAAUUCAACCAUUUCAGAUCUGCUUUAAUACAUUUGAUACAAGUAUAUAGCCGAACAAAAAUAUUUGGGUACAUUUAGGGACUUUUUAAACACGCACAAGGCCAGUCUAUUUUUAUUUAGGGUAGAAUAUAUUGUUAUUGAAAGAUCACAAUCAACUUCUUUAGUGUCGUUUACUACUUAGACUACCCUAAAAUAAAAAUGGACUGUUCGUCCAAACAUACUGGAGCAGUCUAUUUUAUUUUAAGGUAAAAUAUAUAGUAAUUAAAACUGUACAAGUCAUUUUCUAUUGUGCUAUAACUAUCUUCACUACCUAAAGUGAAAGUGAACUGGCUGUACUAAUGGUUUGAAUUGUCAAAAGAGGUGUGCAAAUAUUUUUGCUGGACUAAACUUGUAUGUGCAUUUUGAAUAUCUUUGCACGAUUUUCCACAAACAAACUUGGUGAAUCUAGCUUAACUCUGUGGUAUUUUAGUGGCUUACCAGCUUUUUAUGUUUUAAAGCAAUUUGUGAUGAUCUUGUACAAAUAUUUUUUUUAAAGCAAUCAGGGACCUUUUUCUCGAAAACUUAAAUAAGUUAAAAUCCAGAUUUUUAGAAAUAUAGUCAUCUGAUUGGAUAAUAAAACUAAAUUUAAAAUCAAUUCUCGUGAUUGACCAAUCAAAUGAUUGUAACACUAAAGUUAAGUUUUCCAGAAUAAGGCCCCAGGGCAUUGCUUUUUAUGUAAAAAAAUAAUGCAUUUUAAUCAUCCAUGCAUAAAUCUUUAAAUAUCUGACUCUCAUCAUUGCUUCCCUAUGCAAAUUUUAUUUUUUCAAACGACAUGUAUUUUAAGGUAAUUCUGAUUUUGACAGAAGUAUCCUAUCAAGUUAUGUAUCCCUAAGAUUACAUGAAUCAGAUAAGAAAUUGUAUGAAUGUAGCCAAUUUAAAAUGGUGGAUGGCCUUUUUUUGACUUUCCAAGAACAACUGGAGAGCGACAAAAUAACCUAGUUACAAUUCCUUCUGUCUUGCUUUUGUUUGUGAAGCUAAUUUUAUGUAAAUAGUCAACAACGUCAAUCUAAGACUAUCAUUAGUAUUUUACAUUUUUGUUUAUUGAAAAACAUCAGAAAAUAAUACGAAGGUGUAACAAAUGUUAAUUUGUAUGGAAAAAGAAAUUUUCAUAUCAACUCAUUUAGUGCAUAGUGUUUCGGUUGGGAGGAAUUAAGACAGAAACAGACAACAGACUUUUAUAGGGACAAAAACCUUUCAAGUCCUUUUUGCACCAUGCAAGACUUGUGGUUUAACUAAAUGGAAUUCUUAUGACAAUGCUGCAAAUGAAAACAUGAACACUGAAAGAAAUUGUAAAGAGUUUUUAUAUAUUUUUAUGUGUAUCUGGGACAGUUUGCACCAAUCCAAUUUUCAGUCCAAUGUUUGUGGUUCCUGUAAUUAUGACUUAUUAAUUCUUAGCAGCUUCUGCAAUAGUGACUUCAUAAGAGGCUUAGUUGUAGUGGAAUCGCAAAGCCCACAGACAUCUGUGCUAUCAUUGUCCCUAAUACACAUAAAAAGUU